GUCGAUGGAAGUAGACAGGCAGGCACACCGGCGGCCGCCAAGCAAUGCCGCGCGCAUCCGCGCGUUUGCCAAUACGCACGCAUGCAUCGGUUGGCGUGGCCGGUGUUAACGUCGGCCGAAUGGUGUUGCCCGAAACGAGGACGCUACGGUGGUUCGUCGAUUAUCAGAUAAAGGGAUCCCGGUCCCUGAGAAAAACUCGGCGAGGUCACGGCCUGGAUGUGAUAUAGCCACCGCGGAAAACCAUGCUCUGUUUGCUUGGAGCUGGUCGCAACCGCCUUGGCAGCUCGGCUCGCACAAUCAGAUAUACAGCAGCUGCGGUCGCGCGUUUCUUCGGGACCUCUCCACCCACCACCAUGUCCGCAUCACGCACCACCACCAAGACUGUCGUCGUCCUCGGUGUCGCCUAUGGCGGCGGGCACGUCGCCAAGAUGCUCGCGGCGUCGCUGCCGCCCGACUGGCGUGUCGUCGCCAUCGACCGCAACUCGCACAUGAACCACGUGUACGUGUUCCCGCGGUUCGUCGUCAAGCCCGAGCUCGCGCCCAAGGCAUACAUCCCGUACAAGGCGGUGUUUGAGCCAGUCGUGCGCGACGCCGACAAGAAGAAGGAGGACUACGGGAAAGAUACGGCCGCUGACGCUGCCGUGCCACCUACCCCGCCAAAGACGCCCCCACCGCCCAGCAAGCACAGCAUGCUGCAGGGCCUCGUGACGCGUCUCGAGCGGAACCGCGUGACCUACGUCAGGCCGAACGCCGCGGGGUCGUACGGCGCAGACGACAGCGAGAAGCCGCCAGCCGACCGCACAGAGACGCUCGAGUUCGACUACGCGGUGUACGCGCUCGGCGCGAGCCUGCCUGCGCCCGUGGACGUGUGGGGCACUGGCGGGGCGAGCCGGGGGACCAAGGCAGGCGGCAUGGCGUGGAUGGAGAAGACGGGCGGCGUGAUGGGCGAGGCGGAGCGCGUCCUCGUUGUGGGCGGCGGCGCGCUGGGCAUUCAGUACGCCACCGACCUCAAGGACGUGUACCCAGACAAGGAGGUGACGCUGCUGCACUCGCGCAAGCGCCUGCUCCCAAUCUACCCGGAGGGCGUGCACGACGCUGUCGUGUCGCGCCUUGACGCGCUCGGCAUCCGCGCCGUGCUCGGCGAGCGCGUGCUCGAGUGGCCCGAGAACCCGGGCACGCUGGACGGCGUCGAGAAGGUCGUCAAGACUGACGCCGGGAACACGUACGCCGCCGACCUGGUGCUCGUGUGUACUGGGCCCAAGGCGCACGUUGGCCUCAUGCGCGCGCUGGACGAGCGCGCCAUCUCCCCCGUCACGGGCCGCAUUCGUGUCAGCCCCACGACGCAGGUGUCGCUCGCGCCCGUGGCACCGUUCGAGCCUGCACCAGCCGCCGACGCCGCCGACGCCGAUGCGGCCGAGGCCCUCGCCAAGCUCGCCCUCGACACACCCACCAUCCCCAACAUCUUCGCGAUUGGCGACUGCGCGCAGACGGCCGCCAUCCAGGCCGGCCACACAUCCUACUACCAGGGCGAGGUGGCCGCGCGCAACAUUAUCCGGCUGAUCAAGGGCGAGGCCGACGAGCUCGAGGACUACGCGCCCGGCGUGCCCGCCAUCAAGGUCACCCUGGGCCUCAAGCACUGGGUCAUGGCCAACACUGAUGGCGUGACGUCUGGCGAUGACGGCGUCGAGCACCUGCUCGCGCGAUACAUGUGGCCCCUGUUCGGGGCGGAUGAUUGCCCGGACCAUGAGUAGGCGUAGAGAGUGUGUGUGUUGUACAUGAUGCAGAGGC